UCAGUGUGAAGUUAACCGCUGCGAUGUCUGUGACCUGCGUUGAUGUUACGGAAUAAAAGUUCACCCAAUUUGUCGAUCUGUGUGCGCUUGUAUAUUUUUGUUUAUAAAUUGUUUAUGGUUCAGUUUACAUUACAACACAGAUAUAAAGGAAAUACAAAUAAAUCGAUCAAAUAUCAUGGUGUUCGUCAUAUUAUUAUGUUAUUAAUCAAGAAUACAAUGUACUCAAAAAUUAAAUUAAGUAGCUUAGUUUAUUGGAAUUGCAUCCAAGAAAAAUGUGUUCAGUUUUUUUAAGGAAUUAAAAAGAACUCAGGGAGAAACCGGUUUAACAGCCUAUGAGCAACAGCAUAACCCUAUUGAAUAUUCUGUUAAAUGAUGAUAAUGAUGAUUAUGAAGAAACAUUCAACUUCGAGGGAAAUGUUACAUCAAGUGAAAAAUUUAUGCGUUACUGUGCGUGUUUAAUGCUUAUAAAGUGAACAUCUUUUCUAUGGGGAAAAGAAAAAUGCUAAACAAAAUGGAGCUUGAUAUUCAGUCCAUGCCUGAAAGAAAACCGAUUAAUUUGCCACAAUCUGCUCUGAAGAGAGCAUCAUUUAAUAAUUCUACGACCAGUUCUGUAGAUAAUGUGGUCUAUCCGCCAUCCCAUCAAUAUCAUUAUAUCCAGUAUUAUCAACAGCCCAUGAAUCAAUAUAGUAAUCCUCAAUUUGCCACCGCUUGCCAAUGUAGCUGUUCUUGCGGCAACCAACAACAGCCGCAAUCACAACAGCACCAACUACAAAGCCAACAACAAUCGUUAACGCAACGCUUAAUGCCAAAUCAUUCGCAUCAGGGCAGCAUAGAUAGUCAAAGAGUAGCGGUUAUUGUUCAUAGGCAGGCAAGUGGCAGUGCCAGUAGUAGCACGGAGUUGGCCAACACGAACGGUGAUUUACCACCUAAAAAAGCCCAAUCAGAAACUUCGCUGCUGAAUCAUUCUUACCAAGCUUUAAAAAUGUCUGAAUCAUUAAGUGAGAAUCUGUUUGAUCCCACUGUUAAAUUAAAACCGGCCAGUAGCUGUGAUUGCGAUUUAGAAUGUACUUGUGGAGCUGUAACCAAACGCAAAGAUGCCAAACAAUUUGCUGUUUCGGAAGCUAUGUUGACCGCCGAUGAAAUUACGGUUAGCGAAUCGGAUAAUAACAGUAGUACAGUGAGACGUUGUGAACGAAAUCAAACUAAAAAAUUGAAUGCCUUGAACGAUUCAAACUACAACAACACAAAUCACAUCGAUAUCUACAGUGACGGUGAAGGAGAUGCAGAUGGGACAACGGAUGCCUGCCUUAAACAGAAAAACGGUCUGCCAGGUGAGACGAGUGAUUUGAGGCCACCAUUACCACCGCGACCGCCACCUAGGCCCCUGAACAAUAGUACAAAUCCGAAUGUUCCCAAUCAUCGUCAUGGUCCAGGUAUUAAAAAAUAUGUUAUUUGGUGUUUGAUAUGCGGUGGCCUUUCCUGUGUUCUGGGUGUAUUGUUUUUAGGGGUGUAUUUUCUAUUGCAUUCGUACACCAUAACAGUGGGUAAUUUUGAAACCGUACCCACGUUUGUACCCGCAACGUUGCUAAUUUUAACGGGAUUAUGCAUUAUGAGUUUGGCGAGAAGACGGAACCGAUAUAGUUAUUUAAUAAAACUUUCUGGUGCUUGCGGUCUCAUAUCUGCUUUGACGUGUGCUUUAGUUACCGUAACCACUACUGUCUUACAUAUGAGUCGCUUACAGGCCUUACGAGAAUGUGAAUAUGCGCAAAAGACACGAACAUGUACAUGUUAUUCUGAUAUGAUUGAAUCACAAGUAGACCGCGUCGAUAAGGAAGGCGUUCGUUUGGUGUUCGAUUCAUUGUCAGAUUGCGGUGUAGUUCACGGUUCCCUUUACUCUUGUUUAAGAGCGAUAUUUGGUUUAUCAGUAGCUGGUGUGCUUGUAGCAGUGUUCAGUUGUAUGCUAGUAUAUCAACUGUUAAGCCACGAACGCAAAAAAAUAUAUUGGGAACAGCUGGAAUUGCGAUGCCGCUCUUUAUAUACAAGACAACAAAUGCCUCCGCAAAAUAUGACAUCUGUCGGGAACGGAGCACAUGGCUGCCGUUGUUGCGAACAAUGCCAUGCUCAUCGUCAAAUACCCAUUCAGGCUACUUCAUAUCCUCCGUGGGAUGAAACUGGGGAGCCACGUUUUUGGUCUACCCAACCACCGGGAAAUUUUUACUCACCAAACCCUGGAGGAGAGGAUCUGACCGCUUUAACAAAUACUUGCCGUAAUCAUGAAAUCCCUAAUAACCGUAGUCGUGGCACUGGCUGGAGUUGGAAUCGUUGGUGGCAACGAAAUUCUCCAGAUCCUAAUUUACGAUUCCGUCAAACACCUUCCAGCCCGGACUCUCAGUAUGGUUUUACGAAUACCACCACGCUGCCCGCCAAUGGUGUAGGAGAUGAAUCAACAACAGUAAACAAUCAACAAAAUACCUCGCAAUUUAAUGUGUUACCCGGUAAUUUGCCAUAUGGAGUUUGGGGACCCCCACCACCUUACAGUGACCCCAACAGUCCGGCCAGAAGAGGUUAUUAUCAAUAUAUACAAACAUCUCUUCCUAUAAACUCAAAUGUGCCGUCAAAUACAAAUCCUUUAAUACAUGGAAAUGGCAACGAGUCGGGUCAUGGAAAUUAUAUAGAACAACCAGCGACUUCAACUUGUUGUCCGCAAUCUAGAAUUGUGCCCAGCGCUGUCGCGAGUACUAAUGGCAAUUUUAAAUCCAAGGCUGAGUAUGAAAACACUCCGUCAGAUAGUGACUGUGGCAGCGGAGCAAGAGAACGUGAACGUUUUUCGAACACUCUGCCGUCACGUAAAGUGAAAAAGCGUCUUGAUCCGGGAAACAAAAGCAUAGGACCGAAUUCCCAGAAUUCGGCGCGUGUAAGUGUGCAACAAGUGUUUUCGAAUGCAAUCAAUAGAAACGAAGAACAAGAAUAUCAUGAUCCUCAAACCGGCAAUGAUGGGCAACACAUAAAUGGUGUGCAAAUAAACAAGGGUGGCGUGGAAAAUUCCGGAUUUCAAAAUAGCAAUGAAAAUGCUAAUUCGAGCCAAAGCGCUGACGAACCGAGACAGGAAUCAGGCAGUGAUCCUACCGAGUCCGAAGUAUAUUUCGCUGACGUCAGUAGCUGUUGUAAUAUGUCACUUAAGAAUGAUCAUUAUUACGAGGAUACGAGAUCUUCGCAAAGGACUCUCAUGCCAAUUACCGAUCAGAAUUCACAUCAUCAACACCAUCAUCAUCAACAUCAGAAUAGUAAUUGCAGUAGCAGUAACAAUGAAGAUUAUUUAGCUCAACGUUUUGGUCAACGCGAGAAUUCGAUUCGCAGCCGUUUACCAUUUCCCCAAAUUGCAACUCAAAACGACGGUUUCGCAGAAAACCUCAAAAUGUUAGCAUCGGUAAACAAAGAGAAUCAAAAUCAGAAUCAUCUCUUGCUGCCCAAAGAUAUGUCUAGACAAAGCAUGUGCUCUGUUGAUUCUGAGGCAAAGACUGAAUUUACUGAUCUCUCACCCUCAACGCCGUGCAGUGGCAAACUAACACAACUAAAAGAUUUUGUUGAGGAAGGCAAUACGAUCAGCAGCACCCAAACAGCUGUGACACCCACCAAUUUUGUAGCUUCUUAUCCUCCCUAUUCCUCCGAAUCGCAGAGCUUAGAAGCUCAUAAACGAUCUACGAAAAACCUCACGGAAGUCCAUUACGAAGUGAUCGAUGAUAAUGCCACAUUAACACCAAAUGUGCGUAAUAUGCCACGCACUCCAAACAAGCAAAUGACAAAUAAGAAAUCCGUAUUAAGAGACCGUUUAGAUAAUUCGGAUAGAGAAUGGCUAUCAGAUGGCAACAAUAGCGAUCGUCAACGUUUAUGAAAUGAGGUGUUUGUCUAGAAGCACGCAACUCGCUGACAAAUAUUGUCUAGCACAGUAGUAGAGUGUUCACCAACAAGUUUGUUAAUGUUUUAGUGUAAUUGCAUUUAAUCAUCAACUGUUGCAUGGAUGUAUACUCAUUAUCCGUCCUUGUGUUCGCUGUUAAAUACAAUAUAUUCCCUAUCUCCUUGUUCUGAAAAGUUCGUAUGAAUUGAACUGACAACAGUAUUUAGAGAAAACCGGCAUAUGUACAUGUACGUAUUCAGUCCUUUUUUUCAAUUGCUCAUAAUUAUUAUGAUCGUUGCAUUGAUUAUGAAUUAUGUAUACUAAGAUAAAUAUUUCCAAUUGUCUACACACAUUCUAAUAUGUAUCUAUAGAUGUAUUUAA